AUGUCUCACAGAAAGUUUGAGCAUCCAAGACAUGGUUCUUUGGGUUUCCUUCCAAGGAAAAGAGCUAGCCGACAUCGGGGAAAAGUGAAGGCCUUCCCUAAGGAUGAUCCAACGAAGCCUUGUAGGCUUACUUCGUUCAUGGGGUACAAAGCUGGGAUGACUCACAUUGUGAGAGAGGUCGAGAAACCUGGAUCAAAGCUCCACAAGAAGGAAACAUGUGAAGCUGUGACCAUCAUUGAGACACCUCCAAUGGUGGUUGUUGGUGUGGUUGGGUACGUGAAGACACCACGUGGUCUCCGCAGUCUGAACACUGUCUGGGCUCAGCAUUUGAGCGAAGAAGUAAGGAGGAGGUUCUACAAGAACUGGGCCAAGUCUAAGAAGAAGGCUUUCACCAAGUACUCAAAGAAACAUGAAACUGAAGAAGGCAAGAAAGACAUUCAAACCCAGCUGGAGAAGAUGAAGAAGUACUGCACUGUCAUCAGAGUUCUUGCUCACACUCAGAUAAGGAAGAUGAAAGGGCUGAAGCAGAAGAAGGCACAUAUGAAUGAGAUUCAGGUCAAUGGUGGAGAUGUAGCAAAGAAGGUCGACUUUGCCUACAGUCUGUUCGAGAAGCAAGUCCCUGUUGAUGCCAUCUUCCAGAAAGAUGAGAUGAUUGAUAUCAUCGGUGUAACUAAAGGAAAAGGUUAUGAAGGUGUGGUUACAAGAUGGGGUGUGACUCGUCUUCCAAGGAAGACUCACCGUGGUCUUCGUAAGGUGGCUUGUAUCGGUGCUUGGCAUCCAGCUAGAGUCUCUUACACAGUGGCUAGAGCCGGACAAAACGGGUACCAUCACCGUACUGAGAUGAACAAGAAGGUUUACAGGAUUGGGAAAGUUGGUCAAGAGUCUCACACAGCCAUGACCGAGUUCGACAGAACUGAGAAGGAGAUUACACCGAUGGGAGGAUUUCCUCAUUACGGGAUAGUCAAGGAAGAUUAUGUGUUGAUCAAGGGAUGUUGCGUGGGUCCGAAGAAACGUGUGGUGACUUUGAGGCAGUCGUUGGUGAAGCAGAUGUCUAGGGUUGCUAUGGAGGAGAUUAAAGUCAAGUUCUUUGACACUUCGGCCAAAAAUGGACAUGGUAAAUACCAGACUUCUCAAGAGAAGCGCAAGUUCUUUGGUAGAGGCAUCAAAGCUUAA